UCGUAGGGGAGGGAGACACGGAGGGAGACAAGAUGGCGGCGGCGGCGUCGCAAGGCGGGAGAAGCGGCGGUGGCGGAGGCAGUAGUGGGGCUGGCGGCGGCCCCAGCUGCGGAACAGGCAGCAGCCGCAGUGGUUUGUUGGAUAAGUGGAAGAUUGAUGAUAAGCCUGUAAAGAUUGAUAAGUGGGAUGGAUCAGCUGUGAAAAAUUCUUUGGAUGAUUCCGCCAAAAAGGUACUCCUGGAAAAAUACAAGUACGUGGAGAACUUUGGUCUAAUUGACGGUCGCCUCACCAUCUGUACCAUCUCCUGCUUCUUUGCCAUAGUGGCUUUGAUUUGGGAUUACAUGCACCCCUUUCCAGAGUCCAAGCCAGUUUUGGCUUUGUGCGUCAUAUCCUAUUUUGUGAUGAUGGGGAUUCUGACCAUUUAUACCUCAUACAAGGAGAAGAGCAUCUUUCUUGUGGCCCACAGAAAAGAUCCUACAGGAAUGGAUCCUGAUGAUAUUUGGCAACUGUCCUCCAGCCUCAAAAGGUUUGAUGACAAAUACACCCUGAAGUUGACCUUCAUCAGUGGGAGGACAAAGCAGCAGCGGGAAGCCGAGUUCACCAAGUCCAUCGCCAAGUUCUUUGAUCACAGCGGGACACUGGUCAUGGAUGCAUAUGAGCCUGAAAUAUCCAGGCUCCAUGACAGUCUCGCCACAGAAAGAAAAAUAAAAUAGCCAAUUUUAAAAGCUCUCUUUCUGCUGGAUCAUACGAGUUACUGGUGGGUAGGGAAGAAACAGAAAGCUUAAACUUGGUCAAGUAUGAAAUGUUCAAAAAUGCCCCUGUUUAGUCCGCUCUGGAUAAAUAGAAUUUCCUAGCACAGAUUUGCAGAGUUGUGUCUUUGACCACUAGCUGUAGCCUCCUUGGUCUGCUGGGUGGGUUUUUGUUGUUGUUUUCCUUUAGAAGCAUUUUUUUUUUUUUUUUUGUGAAAACUGAGCAUACUUUUCCUUUGUACUUAAUAGUACUUUAUUUAGUAUAGUUUUGUGCCAUGCAGCGUUUGAACGCUCAGUUCUUAAGAACCGCUAACCUUGCUGGGUGGUGGUGUUCACCUACAAUCCAGCACUUGGAAGGUUGAGGAAGUGGGGUUGAGUUUGAGGCCAUCCUGGACUGUAGAGCCAGGCCUUGUCUUGCGCAGUGGGUUUUGUUAACUUGUUGCUGACUUUGUGUUAAUCCCUGCCUCAGCAACAAUUUCCUUCCAUCCAGGAUACAACUUCUUAUGUAUGAGAGCUUUCCUUUACACACCAUUUUUGUGGGUGUGUAUAUAUACAUAUAUAUAUAUAUAUAUAUUUGACUUGGGGAGAAUUAUUUUAAAAAAAUACAAACUAGCUUUUUGUUUAAAAUAGACCUGCCUAUUACAUUUUGUGCUCUUAACCAAUUAAAGAAGCCAGUGGCAUUUUUAGUUUUA